AUGGCUGCAUCUUGCUUUGAAGAACCAAACAUGAAUGGAGAUGACUCGGCGAUUCUCUUUUCUACCUCAAACUCCCCUGAAGAAUAUACCACCACACCUUCCUCUUCUUCCUACCACUCCUCACCACCACCACCCCAACAUUGCACUAACCCAACUUACAAUCUCAUUGUACAGAACCUCUCCUACACUUAUCUUCCAAACAAGGGCAUACCACGUUCAUUUUCUCAACUGCUGCAAAAGCCUAAGCCUGUUGCCAUACUCAAGUCAGUCUCUUUUGUUGCAAAAAGUUGUCAAAUACUUGCCAUUGUUGGCCCGAGUGGCACCGGAAAAUCUACCCUCCUGCGAAUAAUAUCAGGGAGGGUUAAAGAUGAAGACUAUAACCCCAACAGUGUCUCCAUUAAUGAUCACCAGAUAACUAGUCCUGCACAGUUGCGCAAAAUUUGCGGAUUUGUUGCACAAGAAGAUAACCUGCUUCCUCUACUGACUGUGAAGGAGACUUUGCUGUUCACUGCCAAGUUUCGGCUUAAAGGCAUUGAUGCAAAAGGGAGGGAAGAGAGGGUGGAGGCCUUAAUGCAAGAGCUUGGUCUUCUCCAUGUCUCUGAUAGCUUUGUGGGAGAUGAAGAGAACAGAGGGAUAUCUGGUGGAGAAAGGAAAAGGGUAUCCAUAGGUGUCGAUAUGAUUCAUGAUCCACCUAUUUUGCUUCUUGAUGAGCCAACUUCAGGCCUAGACAGCACUUCUGCGCUUCAAGUUAUAGAGCUGCUUUCUAUAAUGGCCAAAUCAAAGCAAAGAACCGUGGUUUUAUCCAUACACCAACCAAGCUACAGAAUUCUUCAUCACAUCUCCAACUUUCUGAUCCUCUCACAUGGUUCUGUGGUCCAUAAUGGAAGCAUUGAAUUACUGGAGGAAACAAUAGGUAAUCUUGGAAUGCAAAUUCCAUUGCAGCUCAAUGUCUUAGAAUUUGCCAUGGAAGUUAUAAAAACCCUGGAAGAUUCACAUUCCAGAAGUACUAGUGAUCAUCACUCUAAUGGUACAGAAAGCAAAGAACCAUACUCCUACCUAUCAUUGCCGGAAAUAGAACACGAUCAAACCAAAAAUAUGGGUGAUUAUUUCUCUAAUUUAUAUGAGAUCAUGUUUCUGUGUUCAAGAUUUUGGAAAAUAAUUUACAGAACCAAGCAGCUGCUCUUGGCCAGAACACUGCAAGCUCUUGUUGGAGGAUUUGGCUUGGCGAGUGUGUACAUGAGAGUGAGGAAAGAUGAAGAAGGCGUAGCAGAGAGACUUGGCCUCUUUGCUUUCAGUCUAAGUUUUCUACUCUCUUCCACAGUUGAGGCAUUACCUAUAUACCUUCAGGAGCGGCGAGUAUUGAUGAAAGAAGCCUCAAGGGGAGCUUAUAAGGUCUCAUCUUACAUGAUUGCCAACACUAUAGUCUUCCUACCCUUUCUAUUUGCAGUGGCUAUUCUGUUUGCUGUUCCUGUGUAUUGGCUGGUAGGCCUCAAUCCUUCUGCGGCUGCUUUCGCCUUUUUCACUUUCGUGGUUUGGCUCAUUGUGCUGAUGGCUAGUUCUCUAGUGCUCUUUCUCAGUGCGGUCUCUCCCGACUUCAUUUCUGGAAACUCCCUCAUAUGCACAGUUCUUGGAGCCUUCUUCCUCUUCUCUGGCUACUUCAUUCCGAAAGAGAGCAUACCGAAAUACUGGCUCUUCAUGUACUAUGUUUCCAUUUACAGGUAUCCACUGGACACAUUGCUGACAAACGAGUACUGGAGUACUAGAAGUGAGUGCUUCUCUCGGCAUCAAUUUUCCUCCAAGUGUUUGCUUACUGGCAAUGAUGUGCUGAAGAGUAGGGGACUUGACAAGGACACCAGGUGGAUCAAUGUAGGGAUCAUGUUUGGCUUCUUCGUGUUCUAUCGCAUGCUUUGUUGGGUCAUUCUUUGUCGAAGGGCUUCGAAAACAACACUUUAA